UAUGGAUCCCAUUUAAAAUAAACAAAAUAUAGACGAUUCAGAGGGCGAGGAAAUAAUAUAGGAAGGAGAAGUAGAUGAAAACUUCGAAUAAAGAGUUUAAAAGCUAUUAUAUGAAACUGACAAUGGAUUAAACUUAUAUAAUAAACCUGUGAUGCCUUUGAUUUAUUAUGAAUUUAAUGAAGAAAUUAAAUAAUAGGCAGAAUAAGUUAUAAAUUAAGACACAACUAUCAUUCCUUAAGAUAAAUAUGAAAAAUAUGAAAAAGAAGCAUCAAAAAUAUGGGAUAAAUUUUAUAGGCAUCAUUAAAAUAAUUUCUUUAAAGAUAGACACUAUUUAGAAAGAGAAAUACCUGAAUUAAAUCAAUUUAAAGAAAGCCAUAAAAUAGAUGAAACAAAAUUAUAUGUUAUUUGUGAAAUGGGAUGUGGAGUUGGUAAUGCUUUAUUUCCUUUAAGAAAAAAUUAUACAUUCUUCAAAAAAGUUUAUGGCUUUGAUUUCAGUAAAAGAGCUAUUGAUGUUUUGAAAGCUAAUGAAUUAUAUGAUGAAAAUGUAUAUUAAGCUUGCGUUUGCGAUUUAGUUUUAGAUCAAUUACCAGAUUUUGAAAGACCUGAUUUAGGAACUUUAAUAUUUGUUCUUUCUGCAAUAUCUCCAGAAAAUCAUUUAAUGGUAGUUAGGAAAAUAUUUGAAUGGAUGAAACCAGGAAGUGUUCUAUAUUUUAGAGAUUAUGGUUAAUAUGAUUUUGGAUAAAUAAAUUUAUCUAAGAAAAAGAAUAGAAAAUUAAAAGAUAAUUUUUAUGUUAAGCAUGAUGGUGUUAGGGUUUAUUAUUUUAGUAAUUAAGUAAGUAAUUUAUAAUAUAGUAGGAAGUGACAUCAUUAUUUACGACUGCUGGAUUUAAAUAAUUAGAUGUUAAAGCUCAUUAUAGAUAUAUAGAAAAUAGAAAAACAAAAGUUAAGAUGUAUAGAGUUUGGGUUCAAGGUAGAUUUUUAAAAGAAUGA